AAUAUGAGUGAUUUUAAAAUGAUUUCCCGACCUUGGGAUCUAGAAGCGGUGCUUUAGUGUUUAACGUUACCGUCAUGGUGUUAGACUUGGAUCUUUUCAGAGUCGAUAAAGGAGGUGAUCCUGAAGUUAUUCGUUCCAAUGAGAUAAAAAGAUUUAGAGGUACCAAACGUGUCGAUUUGGUACUAGAGGCAGAUGAGAAUUGGCGGAAAGCACGUUUCAGAGCUGAUCACUUAAAUAAAGUGAAAAACUUCUGCAGCAAAGCCAUUGCUAAGAAGAUUAAAGAAAACAAAGACAGUCCGGAUUUUGAGUCUAAUUUGUUUGAUGUUGUGUUCGAUCGCCUCGACUCACUUGUGGAAGCUGAUUUACAGUCCUUGAGUGUGGCACAGUUAAAGUCGUUGUCCUGUCUCAUUGACGAAGAAAUAAAGAGAAAUGCGGCUAUUGUAACUGAGUUCGAGUCUGUAAGACAGCAGCAGUUGUAUGAGAUUGGUAAUCUCCUACACCCAGAUGUACCGAUAAGCAACAAUGAGGAAGACAAUUUGGUUAUUCGAACUUUCGGAAAAAGCGAUUUUCGAAAACCUUUAUCUCAUGUCGAUUUAGUGACGAUGGUAGAUGGUUUUGACGGUGAACGUGGAAGUACAGUAGCUGGAGGUCGUGGAUAUUUCCUAAAGGGCCCGCUUGUUUUCCUGGAACAAGCAAUCAUAAACUUAGCUCUACAAAUGCUAGAUGAACGUGGUUAUACGCCACUGUACACUCCAUUUUUUAUGCGCAAGGAGGUUAUGCGAGCAGUUGCUCAAUUAAGUCAAUUUGACGAAGAGUUAUACAAAGUUACUGGCCGUCGCGAACUCACUGCCACAACCAAUCACGAAUUACAAGCAAAUGAAAAUGAAGAGGAAGAGAAAUAUUUGAUUGCAACAUCCGAACAACCAAUCGCUGCAUUUCAUCAAGAUGAGUGGUUACCCAUUGAUCAAUUACCGAUUAAGUAUGCAGGGAUCUCGACUUGUUUCAGACAAGAAGUUGGUAGUCAUGGUCGUGAUACUCGUGGAAUAUUUCGUGUUCAUCAGUUCGAAAAAGUUGAACAGUUUUGCAUUACUAGUCCGCACGAUAAUCUGUCAUGGGAGAUGUUUGAUCAUAUGAUUUGUAACGCUGAAGCAUUUCACCAGGCUCUGAAAUUGCCUUAUCGUGUUGUUUCCAUUGUGUCGGGUGAGCUAAACAAUGCUGCAUCAAUGAAGUAUGAUUUAGAAGGUUGGUUCCCUGGGUCUGGAGCUUUUAGGGAACUUGUAUCUUGUAGUAAUUGUUUGGACUAUCAAUCUCGUCGGUUAGCAAUUCGUUUCGGUCAAACAAAAAAAAUGAAUAAAAGUGUUGAAUAUGUACAUAUGCUCAAUGCAACGAUGUGUGCAACCACUCGAGUUAUUUGUGCGAUUCUAGAGAAUUAUCAAACAGAACAUGGGAUUAUUGUACCUGAUGUUCUAAAAUCAUUUAUGCCCAAAAGUUAGUGUACUUUUUUGUUAUUAAUGAAAAUACUUUUCAGUGGGCUAUAAUCCAUUUUUUAAAAAUUCAUUCUAUGCUUAUGAUUAUACGUUAUGCAUGAUGGUUUCAUAAUGUGUUUUCUUCACUGUUUGUAAGAUUUAAUUCGUUCAACUCAGUAACUAAACUGUCCACUUAUGUAUUAGGUUUUAAUUCGCAUUUUCUGAGUGUUGGUGUUACCGCCAGAGUACUGGAGUCGAAGUACUCUGAAAUUUUGUUUUAAAUAGUUGAAAGUUGGUUACUUAAACCAUUAACCCUCCACUUAGUGUUCAUAGUCUUAAAAUAUUAUCACUUCUUACUGAACAUUAGUAUUUUUAAUAGACUAUUAAAUACAUGGAGGUUUUCAUUCAUCCGAAUUAUUGCGAUAUUGUGUAUGUAUGAAGUGAGAUGAUGAUGUAAUUAGCCAGUUUAUGCCGUUAAUUUUACCAAGUUAUUUCAGUCAAUAAUUAAAUAUAUCUCUCCAUCAAUCAUUUUACUCACAUUUAAUCAUAUAUUCUCAUGUGUUUGUGCAUUUGAAAGUGUCUAUUAUUUACUUUUUUAUUGCUUGUAAAUGUACCCCAUCAAUAUUUCGUGGUUCAUACAUAUACACAUAUUCGUUCUUAUGUAUAUUCUCUCCUGUUGCAUGGUUUGGUUGAUUUACGCUUGGCUGUUGAGCUGUUACGUUUUCAAUGAAGUAACUUCGAUCUGAUUUCGUAUCUGCUUUCGAACGUCUCGUGGUAAAGUAAAACUAGUUAUUACCUCGGGUUUUAUAACCAGAGUCGUAUAACACUGAUUAACUAGUGGUGAGCCAACGUAUGAACUUGCCACAGCCUACGACGAAACCGCCUACAAAAUAAUUUGUUUGUCACUAAUUUGCAAUUAUACCUACUCACCAUCAGGGUGGAUCACUAUCUGUAUUUAAUUAGUGUAUUAUUACAUAUUUUUGUGGUAACGUGUGACUGCAGAUCAGAGUGAAGCGUAUUUAUCGAUCGAUUCAAUGACACGAAAAACACGUAAGGACGACCUAGAGUCCCGAUUGGCCCUGCUUCGCUGUCUAGCCCAGCCAGUUGAGUCCAGAACACAAGUCUCAGCCUCUGAGUUAUGAAUCAUUAUAUUUCAGACAUACUCUGUUUAUAUACCAAUCAAACAAACCACAUCGUACCAUAAAAUAGAAAACAACAUUUGUACAAUAUUUAACAAGUGAAGUAAACAUCGACCAAUAGGGAAUGUCCAUUUAAAGUUCAAGGACACCAUUAGACUUAACAUGAUAAUUAUUGGCAUAUUUUUCUGCACAUCCUAACAAUUUUGCUUCAUAAAUACUGUGACAAUACGUCAGUAUUAACUAUCGUAACAAUCGCAUGAAACCGUUACUUAUUACACAAUAAACAUACUAGUAACCUUACUCUCAUUCUCAAAGCAUAUAUUCCCUCGUAUAACAAUUCUGUUCUCCUCUUUAGUCCGUCGACUUUGUCAGUUAAAGUCACGUUACGUACAUGGUGGAUCGUUUAAUAUCAUCUUUUGUGUGUUCUAUCGGGUAUUCUUGCUAGCUUGUCAUUGUCGCUGUCACUGAAAUCUAGAGUCUGCUAUAUAAUUUGCGGCAAUUCACAUAAUCAUAAUCUAUCGAAUAAACUACCAUCUACUUUCGUACUUCCCAGCAAACUUCAUUUGUGAUUACUUUGCUACGAUGACUUUCUGCCUCCUAUUCGUACCUGGAUAAUUAGUUGGUCGAUAACGUCUUAGAUAACGCUCGUAUGACUGUCUGUUUCAAGUCAUCGUAUGACGUUUUCAUUUAUAGUAUGAGUACCGAAUCUUGCAUCCGUUCAGAUGCUUCAUCUGGUAAGUGUUAUAACGCUCGAGUUUAUUUCGUCUUUGCGAAUGAAACGUCAAUUUGCCUUAGACGGAUAUCUACACUAGAUUCGCUCCCAGUGUUUAUGCUACAGGAAUUCAACACGACUCAGAUCAUGAACACGUGAUUAACCUGACUAGAACAUAAAUAUAUUUCCGCACCAAAAAUCGUCAACAACCCGACACAAUCCAACAACAAUCAAUAAUAAUAAGGAUAGGAGAAUAUAUAACUCAUUUAACGCCUGUCAGACCAUCUACAAUUCUGACCAAUCAAACAACCAAUCAUUAUCAUUCUCGCCCACACAUCAGUAAGUGUGGACUAGUGAUAGAACUCGUCCUUUUGUCAAGUUUCACGAUUGUGCAUAAAAUAAUACUCAAGCCUAGCGAACCAAAGUUGUGAUUCUGCUACUCUAAGAGUAGAAAUGGUAAGGUUAUUAGUACGCGUGAAACAGUAUUGUAAGAAUUGUAAAAGUCUAGCUACAAACUUGAUAAAAGGUGGCAAGUAAUGUACAGUUAAUUAGGUGUGACAUAAAAAAGCAGACAAAUCAAUCUUAGUAAUAAUAAUGAUAAAUAACACAAUAAUAUGAAAUAAAACACAUCCCCUGAAUAUGCACCAAUUGAUUCGAGACUUAGUAAUCUAAUAGCAUCUGGCCUGUUGGGUAAUAUGUGUUGAUCCAGGAUCGACCUCGUUUAGAAUCCCUAAUGCUCACUACUGACAAGUGUUAAACUUUAGUAAAACAACUAUCCAGUGCUUCUCAACUUACUGUCUGUUCACGAUAAAAAUUACUUUCAAAUCGAAAUCUUCUAAAUUAUGUAUAUUGAGUAAGCUGCUCAUUAUAGAACGCUAUGGCAUUUCCGUACUUGUUUGUGACCAGUAAAUCUUACUAAUGCUAUUGAAUACUGCAUACUAAUCAUACAAUGAAUCUCAUUGGGUAUAGUUGAUUGUCUGAUAAUCUAAUUCAUGUAUUGCAAUAUUUCUUCUAGGUCACUGUCCGUCGGUAUCGUAGUCCGAACAAUCGUAUUUGUCUGUAUAAUUCAAAGUCCAAACUUUUUGCCAAAAAGCUGCUUAAGCAAUAAAACAUUGACUGAAAGAAUGUUUUUGAGAAACUUAGAAUUACGAAGUUCUAGACAGACCAUUAAUACAGCUUUUCACUUUUGUAUUUCGCCCCUUGAAGCUGCAAUACUCCUUAUCUGGUGUCUAUACAUGGCUAAAUGCUCUAUAAAGCAUAUUAUUCGUUUAUCGUUAGCGUUGUAUUUCUUUCCAGAUCAGAACAUCUUAGUUAAUAUUCUUAUACGUGCAUAUUGUGAAUACUUCUUUUCUUUAUUUAGUGUUGAUUCACUGACAGUUGUAGUUAUUGUAAAUUAAUUAUUUUUGUCUCAUUCAUAUGAUCUGUUCGCAUACUUUUUAUUUAACUUAUCGUAUUAGAAUAUCAGAAAUUUAUACCGUUCAAAGGACAUGAGGAUAAAAUACCUGUCAGUAUUGAUGAUGUGCCACAGACAAUUAACAAUUCAUCCAAUACAAAAUUUCACGAUGAAACAUCGUUCAAUGAGCUGAAUGAAAAAAUAAGUAAUUUAACUGGUGCUACAGAAUCUGGUCUCGUCAGCGCUAUUUCUCAAAUAUCUGCAGUUCAAAAACGAAUUGAAGAUACGUUGAAUACACUAAGUCUAGUCACCACAAAUAAUCACGUUGAAAAAGAUAUCCGUGACAAAAAAUGUGCUGUUGUUCAUCCUGUAGAACAUUCUGUAGAAGAUAAAAAUGACCUUGAAGUUGAAAAUAAGGAUACAAUUGAUAAUGAGUCUGUGAGUUUACAAUCAACUACUCCAGAACCAACUGAUUCUAAGAAGAAGCGGAAGAAAAAACCAAAAAAGAAACAAUCGGAUUAGAAUUUUAUUUUAUUGUGGUGCUCAGUUAAUAUUGCAUAUUAAUGAUUUGUUGUAUUGACUCACACUUGCAUAUGAAUAUAAAUUUUGACUGUGGUGUUAUUUAAACGUGAAAAUUACAUUAAUAGUCGGCUCCAUGGUUUGCGCAUGGUAUUUUCAGUCAUAUGUCAGUUAGCCACGUUUAUUAUUACGUUAAAGUUUUAAAUUAGAUUUCUGUUAUCAAGAUAUUUAUGCAUAUAUUACUUCUGAAGUCUGGAAAAAUUAGGAUCCAUUUUUUUACGUUAUAAUUGAAGCACAGAUUGAAUUUGGAUAAGGUUUUAUUUCAAGCCGAAAUAUUAAAUACUCUUAACUCAGUUUGAUUCAUGUCCCUGUAAUAGCUGGUUUAGUAUAAUCCAAGGUGCUAUUUGAAGAAACCUAUGAAUCGCAACAGUGCACGGUAGUUUUGAUCUAUUUCAUAGUUUUGAUAUACUAACUAGAAAUAAUUUGAGGUGAAUCACUUACGUCAGUUAAUUUUUUUAAAUUUAUGAAUAAUCUCUGUAUUUUGUAUACAUAUUACGCUAGUGUAUUGUCGUUAACCUCUACGAUUAUAGUUUGUUGUCUGUUUAAGUGUAUUCACGCAUUUGCUCCUGAUCAAUGUGAACGACAUCCUGAAAUUUUUUAAAAGACACAUCAACUUUUGUUUAAAGCUUCUGAGAAGCAUUCAGCUUUUGACUUUAAUGAAAACUUGAUAUGUGUUUAUCAUUGAAAAAUAUAUUCUAUAUGUUUCAUGAAAAUGAAGUACAGAUUUCCUAAUUCAAAUAAUUAUUGAAGGCCUAUGUAUUACACCUCAUGAAAUACUGUGAAAUGAGUUACAAAUGUUUCAAUAAUGACUGUUUGCAUGAGAUAUGUUAUCAAAUGAAUUUUUAAGAUCUAUCAGAAUUAUUUGUCACAAACGAUGAACUUUAUAUUUGUUAAUAAGUACUGAUUUCUCUGAAUUUCGUACUUUCUUAUGGUACGUUUCGAACGUUCAUUUUAAAUACAAAUUCGUUGAUAAAACAAAUAAAUUAGGUUUGUAAAUAUUUAUGUGAUCAAUACCGGGAUAUUAAUCAUUUAGUGAGUUAACAAAGGUGAAAUUUCA